GGGCCGAGGAAGCGGCAGUGCUCCUGCCCCUUUCGGAACCGGCGGCCCGCGGCCAUGGCGGACGAGGAGGAGGAUGCGCCGUUUGAAGAAGACGCGGAGGAAGCCGGCGGGGGCCUGGACGGCGGGCAGGGGAAGAGGAAGAGGCUGUUCUCCAAAGAACUAAGAUGCAUGAUGUAUGGAUUUGGGGAUGACCAGAACCCUUACACAGAAUCGGUGGACAUUCUUGAGGACCUGGUAAUAGAGUUUAUCACAGAAAUGACACACAAGGCCAUGUCAAUUGGGCGGCAGGGUCGUGUACAGGUUGAGGACAUUGUCUUUCUAAUACGCAAGGACCCCCGGAAGUUUGCCAGAGUUAAAGACCUCCUAACCAUGAAUGAAGAACUGAAACGAGCCAGAAAGGCCUUUGAUGAAGCAAACUACGGUUCUUGAUUCUGUGCACAAGCUGCACUGGGGCAUUACUUGGGCACCUGCUGCCCGAAUGGAAAGAACAUCAUGUGUGUUGUUUGGAGGGGUUAUUUGGGCUGCAGGGGUGUCUGACCUCGCUUCCAGCUUUUUCUGAGAAGUACUCAAGUGGUCGAAUGUUACCUGAUUGUAUGUGGUAUACUUAGGUAUUUUUAUAUUCUUUUUAUUAAAUAAGAGCUCUGAAGAUUCUUGUAAUGGCAGGAAGUCUGUCUGAAGUAGGACUGUGUUGAAUCCAGAUACCUAGAGGGCUAAUGAUGGGUGAUUCUUUACCCCUGUUUCAGUUAUCGUUGGGUAUUCCUGUGACAGGAAACCUAGAGAAUAGAUAUGUGUUAACUGAACAGUCUUUAAGCCCAAACUACUAUGGUGGUUGUGCUCUUUGCUCUGUAUAUGCUCUUUGAAUAAAACAUUUGAAGUUUGUGCCCACUCCUCAUAA